AAUAAAUAUAAAAACUGACGCUUUCUUGGAAAGUGUGUAUUUUCAUAGAACAGCCCUCUUUGUUUUUCUCUUCGCUCCAAUGCGUUCCCAAAAAUAAAUGGAGUUUUGAACCUUGGUUUGAACUAUCUUCGGAAUCACUAGUUUUCAUUCAUCGUGUAGCAUUUUGACAGUUGCAAAUUUUUGUUGGUAAACACAUGAGUUUUGAAGUCAGAAUGCUACGCUAGUUUUACAAAGUAGAUGCAGUUUUGCUUGUUUUCUGAAUGAAAAACAUAAAGUUUUAAAGUUAAUUUAGGCAAAUUGUGUUGUCUACAAUGGAACACUUUUGGGAAAAACUUUCCAAAGAGGUCGGCCCUAUUUCCACCACAGUCCAGAUGGCUCUCGAGCAAACCAAAUUCAUCCACUCGGGGCUUGUCUACUUGGACAACACAACGAUCGACUACAUCGAAUCGGACAUUCGUCGGUUGCCAAAGUUGCUGAACAAAUCCGAUGCGGAAGUUGCCGACAUGCUGGGUGGCUAUCAGGGAAGUAUUCAGGAUUUUCACUUCACGGCCGGUGAACGAUGUGUGCUGAAGAUGAUUGCCGCCAAGGUUAAGGAGCUUGGAUUUCAGCAUUUUGUCCAGGAGCCGGAGGGUGAAGAAUCGUACGAUGAAAGUAGUAAUUUGGAAAUUCCGGUGCCCACGGAGAAAAUUUAUAGCGUCCCGGAGUUGGUUCCGAAUGCGGAUGAAAUCGUUGAUGAAGUUAAGAACAAAAUAUUCAACUAUUAUGACUUCAGACGAGAAAACCAUGAACUAGAAAAACCGUUUUUUGACAGACUUCAACUGAUCCAGGUGGAGAUCAGACGCGACUAUUUAGGAGAUAUGGCUCGGGUGGUUUGUCCGUUCUGCGACCAGGGGUGUCCUACAGCGGUAAUCAUUCGGCGGGAUAAGCCGGGCACGUGGAAGGUUUCCAACUUUUCAGGACACGUCAAAGCCAGACACGAUGAUAUGGAGUUUCCGGGUAAGCAGAAUAUAAAAGUGCGGAGAUGUCGCCGGCGAUCGGAAAAACGAAAUGAAUUUACGGACGAGAUGAUGAUGUAUUCGAUCGAAGAAUCUGACGUUAAGAUUGAAAUGUAAGGUAGUAUUGCUCGAAUUAUGUGUGACUGAUCGUUUAUUUAUUUGUAUUGUACUUUUGAGACCAUUCCAAAGUAUGGAAGCGUGUGAUAUGAUUUGGAUUUCUCAAAAUAAAUGCCAUCUCUUUUACCAUU